AAGAGAGAGAGGGAUCAGAAUUGUAAUCCUAGACCUUUGAAAUGGCUAAUGACAAUAUUAUUUUGGUAGUGAUCAUCGUCUUCUUCUUCUGCUUUUGUCAGUUUACUACUACUAGUUUCUCAUUAGCAUAUCCCCUUGUCCCGGCCAUUUAUACAUUUGGGGACUCCUUAGUCGAUGUGGGCAACAACAAUUAUCUCCUCUUUUCCCUCGUCAAAGCAAAUUUUCCUCACAAUGGCAUAGACUUUCCCACCAAAAAACCAACCGGAAGGUUUUGUAAUGGCAAGAAUGCUGUUGAUCUUCUUGCUGAGAAAGUGGGCUUACCAUAUUCCCCACCAUAUCUUUCUACGGUAUUCAAAUUAGAACAGAGAAAUAAACACUUCAUGACAGGUGUAAACUUUGCUUCUGGUGGUUCUGGAAUUCUUAAUCAGACCAAUCAAAAGAAUUCACUAUCUUUAACAAAACAAGUAAAUAGCUUUAUAAAGGUCCAUAAAGCUCUAAACAAACAGUUAGGACCCUCCGGUUUGAAUCAACAUAUCUCAAAAUCCCUCUUUGUAAUUGUGACUGGAAGUAAUGACAUCUUUAGCUACUUUGGCUCCGCCGAAUUGCGCAAUAAGACCACACCGUCUCAAUACAUAAAUUCAAUGGUAGCCACUUUUAAGGGACAAGUUGAGCGUUUGUAUAAUCUUGGAGCACUUAGGUUUGUAAUUGUUGGGAUUGGAGUGAUUGGAUGUACUCCAUCUCAGAGGAAAAGUAACAAAGCAGAGCAAUGCAAUGAAGAGGUGAAUAGCGUAGCAAUUAAAUAUAAUGAAGCUUUGACUUCAACGUUGAAGAGCUUAAAAGUUGAACAAAAGGAGUUAAACUACUCUUAUUUCGAUGGUUAUAGUGUCAUGCAAAAUGCCAUUCAGAAACCCGCUACUUAUGGACUUUUUGAGAUUAAGGCUGCUUGUUGUGGACUUGGAAAGCUUAAGGCCGAUGUUUAUUGUCUGCCAGUUUCAACAGUUUGCUCCAAUAGAAGCAGCCAUCUCUUCUGGGAUGCAAGCCAUCCUACAGAAACUGCUCAUCGCAUCUUUGUGGAUUACAUUUUUGGUGGCCCUUUACGAUUCACAUUCCCACUAAAUGUCAAGCAGCUUAUUGGCACUUAAAUCUAAUAAUUAAGAAUGGCAUCACUAGCUAGUAUAUUAUGAACUGCCUUCUUAUGUAGUGUUAUAUUUUGAUAUUUUUACGUUACUAGUAUAGUUUAAUUAAUAAUAUUGUCAUAUGAUAUAGUUUUAUAGCUGGAGUAUCUCACCAUAAUUUAGCUCUUGUCAUGGAAUGUUAUUA